AUGGCUUCUUCUCCUCCGCCGUCUGAUUCUCCGCCAGCUUCCUCGUCCCCGCCGCCAUUGCCGUCGUCUUCCCCUCCGCCGCCAUCACCGUCGUCUUCACCCCCUCCGGAAUCUUCACCUCCGCCGCCUCCAUCACCGGAAUCUUCUCCGCCGGCGGCAAAUGAUUCAUCCUCGCCACCGCCUCCGCCGCCUUCUUCUAAUGAUUCCUCUACGCCGCCGCCACCACCACCCUCAUCGCAAACACCUCCGCCCGUGAACGGUGAUUCCCGCUCGCCUCCGCCACCGCUACAGCCGUCCCCCCCUCCGCCUCACCAAUCUUCGAGCCACGUGCCUCCUCCGCCGAGAUCACUGGCGGCGGCGACAGGCAACACGACGAAUCAGCCGGCGAGCGAUUCGACGUCGUCAUCUUCGGGGUCGAACGUGGUGCCUCUGGUGAUCGGAAUUGUGGGAGGGGCGGGGCUGUUGCUGCUGGUGGCGGCUCUACUUUUCUUCACGUGCGCUAGGAAGAAGAAGAAAUCUCAACCCCAGAUGUACAAUAUCGGAGCUCAGUCUCGCACCGGAAACAAUGGCAAUGCAGGAACUGAUCAAUACUAUGCCGCUUCACAACGCGGCCCCCACCAGAUCAACUGGCCACAAGCACCAAACCCUAACGACCACGUUGUCAACGUCUUCCCUCUGCCUCCAGGCGGUGGAUCUUGGCCCGCACCCCCGCCUCCGCCGCUGCCGCCACAACCAGUACUAAGCAGCGGCGACAUGAGCUCGUCCAACUUUUCGGGCCCGCUAGGCCCGGUGCUGCCACCGCCGCCGCCCUCGGUUGCUCUAGGGUUCAACAAGAGCACAUUCACCUACGAUGAGCUCGUGGGGGCGACCGCGGGGUUUGCGCAGGCAAACCUGCUUGGGCAGGGCGGGUUCGGGUACGUCCACAAAGGGGUGCUGCCCAACGGCAAGGAGAUCGCGGUGAAAAGCCUAAAGAGCGGCAGUGGGCAAGGAGAUAGGGAGUUUCAAGCGGAGGUUGAGAUUAUCAGCCGGGUCCACCACCGUCACCUUGUGUCACUUGUGGGGUAUUGCAUUGCUGGUGGAAGGAAGAUGUUGGUCUAUGAGUUUCUUCCUAACAACAACCUUGACGUCCACCUUCAUGACAAGGCACGUCAAGCGAUAGACUGGACUAAAAGGCUGAAAAUUGCGGUGGGAUCCGCCAAAGGGUUUGCUUACUUGCAUGAAGAUUGCCACCCUCGCAUCAUUCACCGAGACAUCAAAACCGCCAAUAUUUUGCUUGAUUUCAACUUUGAAGCUAAGGUUGCAGAUUUCGGUUUGGCUAAGCUUAAUCAAGACAACUAUACCCAUGUGUCUACUCGAGUCAUGGGAACUUUUGGGUACUUGGCUCCUGAGUACGCAUCAAGUGGCAAGCUAACUGAUAAAUCAGAUGUAUUCUCUUUUGGUGUGGUGCUUUUGGACCUAAUAACUGGACGACGCCCUGUGGACUCCACUGAUGACUUUACAGAGGACAGCUUGGUCGAUUGGGCUAGACCUCUUUGUUUGAAAGCGUUGGAGGACGGAAACUAUGAUGAAUUGGUGGAUCCGCGCUUGGAGAAUAACUAUGUCCCACAUGAGAUGGCGCGUAUGGUGGCCUGCGCUGCUGCAAGCAUUCGUCACUCUGCGAGGAGGCGACCGAAGAUGAGCCAGAUUGUGCGAGCGUUGGAAGGUGACGUCUCACUAGAAGACUUGAACGAAGGGGUGAAACCUGGCCAAAGUUCUUACUUUGGCUCCAGUUCUGAAAUUUAUGAGGCUGGCUCCUACAGUGCUAACAUGAGGAAGUUAAGGAAGAAGGCAUUGGACAGCCAAGAAUAUGGAAGCAGCGAAUACGGGGCCACGAGCGAAUACGGCCUCAAUCCUUCUUCGAGUAGCGACGAUUCGACCCAUGAAAUUAGCAGGAAAGGAAGUUUAAUGAUCCAUUAA